AUGUAUUAUGGGCUUCCUCUGGCUCCUGCUUACAUGGGAUUAUCUAAAAACCAGAAGAACAGUAUGUCAACUGGUAUUAGCUAUGCUUCUGCUAGUUGUGGGAUUUUCCCUAAUUCAGGAAAGAAAAUGGGAAGAUGUUUGUCGAUGAGUGUCCAAGUCGAUCUAUUCAAUAAAACUAUCGAGAAGAAUCUGAAGAAAAACUUCAAGACGGAGUCAGAGCUUAGUAGCCACUUGGCUAAAUCUUUGUUUUUGAUCGUUAUUGGGGUUAACGAUUACGCUUUCUCCUAUGACAAGAAGACACACAAUGCUAAUGAGUUUGCAAACAGACUUCUUCAUGAUUUUUUGAUACAAAUCAAGAGAUUGCAUAAGUUAGGAGCACGUAGGUUCUUCAUCAACAACGUUAAACCUUUAGGUUGUUACCCAAAUAUCAUUGUUAAAACGAUCCCACGUGGAAGCUGCGACCACGAUUUAAACCUUGCGAUUACCAUUUACAAUGACAAGCUUAGAGCAAGUCUUUCUGAUAUGCAUCACAAACUCUUCAACACUUCCUUUUUAUACUCUGAUUACUUCAACUUCAUGUUGGAGCUACGUGAACCGUCUAGUUCGAAUCUAUUGAACACAACAAGCCCAUGUUGUCCCAAGGCUUAUGAUGGUGGUCCAACCUCGGCUACUUGUUUGCCAAUUUCGACCGCGUGUAAGGAACCAGACAAGUACAUUUUCUUCGAUCCUCGCCAUCCAACUCAAAAAGCAAAUUUCAUGUAUUCGGUUAGGUGUUUCCAGGAGAGAAUAUUAUGUCAUGUUGUUAAUUAA